AGCACCCUCUGUGCGACGGGCUGGGGGAGAGGACGGUGCUGAGUCUGCGGCUCCGCAGCUCCCAGUAAAAGACGGCGGAGAAAGUGGGACUCAGAGCGGUCGCAGAUCACAUCGCCGCUUGGAAAUCCAGUUUCUGCCGGAACCGUCGGACAGCCCGGGUCCGCGCGCUCCCCGGUCUGUCACGUCUGAAGCUCGCGCGCCUUAGAGGGUCCUGAUGUUUUGUGAAAGUCGACAGCUCGUGACCUUGCGACCAGAGCCAGAUUAAAAUGAUGUCACGCGCAGCCACAAGUGGACCUGGGAUUUAUCAAGUUCGCUCCAGUUGAGCAGAAGUUGUGCCAGCCUCCUUCUCCUCCUCCUCCUCCUCCUCCUCCCGCGGAGACGCGGAACUCAGAACCAACGGAGAAGAAUUGAGCAAAUGAUCCACUUUUUUUCCUGUCCUUCCUGGACGGUAACGAUCAGCGGGUCUCGGCUCUCCGCACGCAGCCAUCGAGCGAGCUGCGGCCGCCCGCUUUGCCGUCAUUAAGCGGGGAAACAGAGGCGGUGAUCAGGAGGGGGCUUCCCCGGCAGAUGAUGCCCUUCCCUGCGGGCCGGUGAGGAGCAGCGCCGACCUCUCGCUUCUUCCCACCACUUUGUUGUUGUUGUCUCUGCGCGGCUGAUGCGAACAUGAUGGACAGCUCUCUCUGCCGCCCAGCGGGUAUCCUCGGCGCCCCCCCGGCCACCGGGAGCCAGCCUGCGGUCUCAGACAUGCUCACCUCCGGCGGCGGCAGCACCAAGCCUCUCGCUUUCUCCAUCGACCGGAUUAUGGCCAGGACACCCGAGCCCAAGUCGAUACCGCUCAGCACCUGGUUCCAGUCGUCUCCCGUGGGGAAACCCGACGUGUGUCCGUCCUCGCUGCACUGCAUGAUCCCGCUGGUGCCGCUCGGGUAUGAGUCGGGCCACCGGCUCAGCAUCGGCGGGCUGGAUCCAGGCCACUUGGACGGCUCUUCCCUCUCGGCUCCUGUAGACCUUUUGGGGUUCGGCUUGAACUACCGGAGCCAGCAGGAGGACUCCGCAGUGAGCCAAAGCGGCGGCCAGUACAAACUUUUCAGACCGCGGGUGGUGAACCAGUCGUCCCUCUCCACCAUGGGCACCAUGUGCUACCUGAACUGCGCCGGGGACGGAGGGGCCUGCGGGCCGCCGGCCGGCCUCGUCAACCUGCACCCGAUGGCUUCCUACCUGCUCACCGCCCGGCACAAAGCGCUCCUGGCGGAGAAGAGCAAGCAGCAGUCCGGGGAGCGCUACUCGGUGUCCGGGGUGCAGGCCUUCAGGCAGCUUGCUCCCAGCCAGAUCCAGCACUACAUGAAGGACCGGGACCAGAUGCUCACCGACAAGAUCUAUAAAGGCUCCCCGGCGGCGGCGGCCCGGCUGAGCGGCCCCUGUGCAGGCACCAAGCCCAAAGUGUUCAUCUGCGAAGUCUGCGGAAAGGUGUUCAACGCGCACUACAACCUGACCCGCCACAUGCCCGUCCACACCGGGGCCCGGCCCUUCAUCUGCAAGGUGUGCGGGAAAGGCUUCCGGCAGGCCAGCACGCUGUGCCGACACAAGAUCAUCCACACUCAGGAAAAACCUCACAAGUGUAACCAGUGUGGGAAAGCCUUCAACCGGAGCUCCACACUCAACACGCACACACGGAUCCACGCGGGAUACAAGCCGUUCGUCUGUGAGUUCUGUGGGAAAGGAUUCCACCAGAAAGGGAACUACAAGAACCACAAGCUGACACACAGCGGGGAGAAGCAGUUCAAGUGCUCCAUCUGCAGCAAGGCGUUUCACCAGGUGUACAACCUCACCUUCCAUAUGCACACUCACAACGACAAGAAGCCCUUCACCUGCCCCACCUGUGGCAAGGGCUUCUGCAGGAACUUUGACCUGAAGAAACACAUCAGGAAGCUGCACGACCCGGCUGGGGCGCCGUCAGCCCUGAAGUCCUGAAAUACCUUUAAGCUACGGAAAAAAUGAAAUCCCGGUGUGUUGAGGACAGGUUUCAUAAAUGAGUAGCCUGUGUUCAGGUCUGUGCACUUUCUCUGCUCCGUUUAUUGUUAUUUAGCACUGACUCUGAAAAGCUCUGAAGAGCUGAAGUAUUGUAGUGUUUUUGUUCCCUCAUGUUUUACCCUUCACAUGCUGCCACCUGCUGGCUAAACUGGCAGCCUGAACCUGCUAAUUCCCGAAUUGUUUCAAUCCAUCGGCUGAAUCGGACCUUCUGCCUUCAGCACAGUCACGGAGCUUACCAAAGGAUUGACUUUGACUCUUUACACGGCAAACUGUGCAUGACUCUUCCCCUCAAAGCAGAGUUUACCUCAAUAUUGUGCUUUUGUCCCCUCAAAAUAAAAAAAAAAGUAUUCAAUAUUAUUGAUUCAAGCUUCCUUGAAUCAGUAUUUGCUGUGUUAAUAAUUCCUAACUCAUUCCACUGGAUAAUGUUGUUUUGUCUUAUUGAAGCUAAAGUAGUAAAGUGCUUCAGCAGAACUUUUAAAGCGCUCUUCGUUGUGUUAUUACUCUGGAAGUAAAUGCUCUGCAGUGCUCUGACCCAGAGGGAGCAACUUGGGAGGCUCUGGCUUCGACUUUGCUGGCUGCCCCUGAGGCCUGCUGACCUACAGCGUGACCCCCCCACACUCCCAGACCCCGACCAUGGGAUCCAAAAAAAGGCAGUGAGGGGGUUUCUUAACCUCUCCGAGCCCGACUUGGCCUCCCAGGCCUAAUAUGGACUGACCCUGACCUCAGGCCCAAAUGCUGGCCCGGACUCUAGCUCUGGCCAGUUAGCUCACUUCUGAAUCCUUCAGCUCUAGGGUCAAUGAACACUUGACUGAGAACAUACUGAGCUCAACGUUCAUGAGACAAUUGUUCAGACGUUUAAAAAUUUUGAUGGCUAAUCAUAGCAGAAUUAGUCAUCAGCAUUUACUUGUUUUCUUUUUCUUUUCGGUUAGAUCUCAGGAGAUGAGACAGAUAUACAAAGACCACAGACGUGAUUAGAGCUUGGAAAAAUACAUGCAUUACAGAGACUUGCGUAAGAACUCAUUUACCACUUCAAAUCUUUCCCACUUUGUCUCAUUACAACAAAUUUAUAUGUACUGGUACAUCUUAAAAAAAAUAAUAUUAUGUAAAGGUGCAAUCUUUUUUGGUAGUCAUUUCAGAAAGUGAAAUUGUUAUUUUAUAAAGAUUAAUUACACACAGGGUAAAAUAUUUCAGCCUUUUAUUUCAUGUAAAUUUUAUAAUUAAGUCUAAGAGGUAAAGAAAACUCACAAUUCAGUGUCUCAGACAGUUAGAAUGUCACAUUAGAACAAUGAAAAACGAUUCUUUAAGCACUACCGUCAGAUUCCAGAAAAGUCUGUCCAUUUCUAUGCAUCCGUACUUGGUAGGACCUCUUGCAUGAAUUCCUGCAUCAACGGGCCACAGCAUAGAGGGUAUCAGCCUGUGGUUCUGCUGAGGUGUUCUGUUAGCCCAGACUGCUUUGUUAGCUGUCUUCAGAUCAUCUGCCUUGUUGAACCUGGUGUCUCCCAUCUUCCUCCUGACAACAGCCCAGAGAUUUUCUGUGGGUCCAGGUCAGGGGAGUUUACUGGUCAGUCAAGAAGAGGAACACUACGGUCACGGAACCAGCUUCUGGUUCCUUUGACAGUGUGGGCUGGUACCAAGUUCUGCUAGAAACUACAAUCAGUGUCUCCUUACUGCUUGCCUGCAGAGGGAAUCAUGAAUUUGCUGGUAGAUGGCUGCCUUGACUGUGGACUUCAGAAAACCCAGUGGACCACAACCAGCUGCCUCAAACUAUCACUGACUGUGGAACGUUUGCUCUGAACUUCAAGCAACGUGGAUUCUGGACUUGUCCACUCUUCCUCCAGACUCUGGGACCUUGAUUUGCAAAUGAAAUACAGAAUUUUCUUCCAUCUGAAAACAGGACUUUGGAGCAUCGAGCAACAGUCCAGUUGCUUUUCUUCUUAGCUUUUCUUCAAAUGUCCUCCUUAGUAGGACAUUUGUAGCCCAAGUGUAGAAUUUGUCUGUGUGUAGCAGCUUUUUCAGCUUUAGUCCACUCCUUGUGAAGCUCUCCCAAAUUCUUACAUGGAUUUAAUUUAACAAUCCUCUCAAGGCUGUGGUUCUACCUGUUGGUGGUACACUUUUUCCUACCACACUUCUUCCUUCCACUCAAUUUUCUGUUAAUAUGUUUGGAUACAGAACUCUGUGAAGAAGCAGCUUUUUCAGCAUUGACCUUUAGUGUCUUCCCCUCCUUGUGAAAGGUGUUGAUGACUGUUUGCUGGACAUCUGUCCCCAUGAUGGUGUCGCCUACUGACCCAGAGUGAGAGACCGUUAAUUAGCUGAUUAGAAUGUGACAACAUGAGUUUUCAGCUUUGUGACAGUAUUCUAAUUUUCUGAGAUACUGACGUUUGGGUUUGAAUCAUUUUUAAGCCAUAAGCUUCUAAAUGACAAGAAAGGCUUGGAAUAUCUCUCCCUGUGUGUAAUGAGUCUAUAUAAUCUAUGAGUUUCACUUUCUGAGAUGACUGGCUAAAAACAUUGCACUUUUACGAAAUAUUCAAAUUUUUUAUAUGUGCCUGUAUUUACUGGUAUUUUAUGUAAUAGACAAAUACAGCAGUGGAAAAUUGUGAAGUAGACUGAAAUGGGUCCCAUUUUUCAAACCUUUUCACAAUUAAAAAGUGUGCGCUAUAUUUGAA